AUGCUGUUUCAUCAGAGUCAUACUCAGAAUCCUCUGCAGGUUGGGACUGAAAUCCAGUCAAGGUUUUUUGCUGCUCAGGGCUGUAGUCAAAGUCCCUUCCAGACUGCCACCACAACUGCUCCUCCCCAACAGACAGCUACCCCUGCUGAGUCCCUCCAAGUGGACCUCCUGCCUGUUUUGGCUGCAGCACAGGAAACAGCAGCUGCUGCUGCUGUGGUUGCUGCUGCCACUGCUUCUGCACCAGCUGCUUCCACAGUAGAUACAGCUGCCUUGAAACAGCAGCAACCUUCUGCCUCUGAAGGUGGGAGUGGGCAGGUAGUACCACCCACUCAAACCACGCAAGCCCCUACCCCACAGGCAGCUCCUGCCACCCCACAGGCAGCUGAGGCCCAGAAGAAACCGAAGAGUAAAGGGCCCUACAUCUGCUCCCUGUGUGCUAAAGAAUUCAAGAAUGGCUACAAUCUGCGGCGCCAUGAAGCUAUACACACAGGAGCAAAAGCUUCUCGCGCUGGACCCACAACCAUGAAGAUGCCCACUAUGGUUCCCCUCAGCUUGCUUAGUGUUUCUGCCAUCGGUGGUACAGCCCCAGCAACACCUGCCCCUGCUGAGGGUGCUGGAAACACAGCAGGGUCAGGUGCAGGCCUAGUGACCACUACAGCAUCAGGCAAACGUAUCCGGAAGAACCAUGCUUGUGAGAUGUGUGGGAAAGCCUUCCGGGAUGUCUACCAUCUCAAUCGGCAUAAGUUGUCGCAUUCAGAUGAGAAGCCCUACCAAUGUCCUGUCUGCCAGCAACGGUUCAAGCGGAAGGACCGCAUGAGCUAUCAUGUCCGUUCACAUGAUGGUGCUGUGCACAAGCCGUACAUCUGCAGCCACUGUGGGAAGAGUUUCUCUCGGCCAGAUCAUUUGAACAGCCACGUACGACAAGUCCACUCAACAGAGAGACCCUUCAAAUGUGAGACUUGUGAAGCAGCUUUUGCCACUAAGGAUCGACUACGUGCUCACACAGUCCGUCAUGAGGAAAAGGUGCCAUGUCAUGUGUGUGGAAAAAUGCUGAGUGCUGCCUAUAUCACGGACCACAUGAAAGUACACAGCCAAGGGCCGAAUCACGUCUGUGAACUGUGCAACAAAGGGUUCACCACAGCGGCCUACCUCAGGGUCCACGCGGUCAAGGACCAUGGACUAGCCGCCCCGCGGCUGGAGCGUUUCCUUUGCAAGCUGUGUGGCGUGCACUGCAAGACCCCAGCUCAGCUCAACGGGCAUCUGCAGACGCACGCAGGAGAAGGGGCCGCGGCCACUGAGGGCCAACCGCUGCGGUGAAACACUGGCCGGGCCACCAGGUACGGGUGAGGUCUGCCCCCUCGCUGCAGCCGUUUCGGCUCCACCUCCUGCCGCCGUCACGGUGCUGCCCAUGGAGGG